AUAAUUAUGAUACUGUCGUGUCUGAGCAUUGAUUUCAAUGACAGCAGUGUUAGUCUAAUUUGUCACUUAAUUACCAGUUUUUUUGGAUUAUCCGUCAGUUAUGGGUUAUUAAGCAAUAAAUAUGAAACCAAACAAUCAAUUUAUAGCAAAAUAUUACGUAUAAUUUCCGAAAAUAUUUUGGCCAUUUCUACAUUAAUCAGUGUUAUCAUAGCAGUGGUUAUCGGUAUUUUAUUGAGAGAUAAUAAUCCCGAUUGGAAUAACCGGUCGAUUAAAUACAUUGGAUUUAUUGGUGAACUAUUUCUUCGUGUACUUAAAGGUUUAGUUUUACCCCUGAUUUUUACGAGUUUGGUCUAUGCUAUGAGUGAUAUCGACACUAAACUAUUUGGAAAGAUUGGCAUCAGAUGUGUUGCAUAUUAUAUAACAUCAACUAUAUUAGCCAUCAUUUUAGGUAUAAUACUUGUGGUCACUAUAAAACCCGGCUCUAGAGUCGAUAUGGAUCUUAAUGACAAACCUAAUGACAAAUCUAAUAAAGUCAAACUGACAACUAUGGAUACAAUACUGGAUCUAAUUAGAAAUUUAUUUCCCGAUAACAUAGUGGAGGCGUGCUUUAGAUCUUUUAGCACUAACCUCACUCCACCUAAUGGUACUGAUGGUAGUGAUAUUGCUAUCGAGGAAUGGGAUGUCGGUUCAAAAAAGACAGAUAAUAUGAAUAUUCUGGGAGUCGUUGUGUUUGCAGUUGUUUUGGGUGUAAUUAUUGGUCAUAUGAAAGAAGAGGGCAAAGUAUUGGCUGAUUUUUUCAAAUCAUUCAAUAAUGCAAUGAUGACUCUGACAGUUGUUGUUAUUAAAAUAACACCACUGGCCGUCAUUUUUUUGGUUUUACCACAAAUUCUUAAUGUUAAAGAUUUAUCACAACUGUUAGGCAGUGUUGGGUGGUAUACAUUAACAGUGAUGGUUGGACUCGCUAUUCACAGUAUUUUUGUAUUACCGGCAACUUAUUUAAUAUUAGUUCGUAAAAAUCCAUAUAAAAUUAUAACCCAAAUGUUGGCCGCUCUUAUGACAGCUUUUGGUACGGGAUCUUCAACCGCAACAAUGCCUGUUACAUUUCAAUGUUUAGAAGAAAAUCUUAAGUAUGAUAAACGUGUCGUUAGAUUCUGUAUACCAGUCGGUGCAACCAUUAAUAUGGACGGAACGGCACUCUAUGAAGCCGUGGCCGCUAUUUUUAUAGCACAAUAUAGAGGACUUGAGUUGGAUUUCGUUCAAAUUAUAGUUAUAGCUGUAACGGCUACCGCUGCUAGUAUUGGUGCCGCCGGUAUACCUCAGGCCGGAUUGGUAACAAUGGUUAUUGUGCUCAACGCUGUAGGCCUUCCAGAGACGGAUGCGGCACUCAUUUAUGUAAUCGAUUGGUUAAUAGACAGGUUUCGUACGGUUAUCAAUGUUUUAGGCGAUGCUUAUGGGGCAAGCAUUGUCUAUCACUUAAGUCAAAAGGACAUUGAUGAUUUUGAUGCUAUUGAUGCAUCAAAUUAG